AUGUCAACGUGUCCAGUUCCACUCACCAACUCAUCAGUUAUUCCCGUCUCAUCGAAUCCCCCGAUUCCAACUGAAAAAAUGGACAGAAGCAUCGAUCGUCGUCAAUGUGGACAGUGUCAUCAAUCUAUUGGAAGUGAGGCGCUCGUUGCCAUGAACCGUCUCUGGCAUCCGGAUCAUUUCACUUGCUCUUCUUGCAAACGUCCGAUCAAGCAGACUUUCCAGGCCGCCGACAACCACGCCUACUGUGUCCAAUGCUUCGCCCAAAAGUACAAUCCAAAGUGUGCUGGAUGCAUGGAAACUCUCGUCGAUACUUGCCUUCUGGCUCUGGAUCGUCACUGGCACCCCCGCUGUUUCACUUGCUCGUCGUGCAACCGUCCACUGCCGAAUGGAGAGUUCUAUCUGGUGGAUGAUAAGCCUUAUGAUUUGGAUUGUCAUUGGGCGAAACGUCUCGAGAAGAGAGAGCACAUGGAGAAAGGAGAGCGUUAG